UUGUAGAGGUGGCUAAGGUCUUUGUAGUAUGAGGGAGAAACUAUUUGCAAUUGUAAAUCUCCGCUCUACAAUUGGUACAUGACUUGUCGGAAUUUUUCUCAUGUUCCCCUUCGCUACCUUACUUGCAAGCAUUACGCAGGCACAGUUGCGUGCGCUACUACAAGUGUCGCAAGCUCAUGCCAGUGACCACCCACCCGCCAUACUGGCGUAGCCGAAGCAGCCUCGGCCUCUGUGAAAGGCAAGGCAGAGCCGGGAAUGGAGACCCCACGCCAUAAAACCCACGAGGCCACCCGCCGCAAACGCCUUUGGUAAACGCCAGCGAUUUUCGUCGUUUGUAUUUUAUCCUUUACAUUGCUUCCUGCUAAACCUCGUCUUUUGCAUUCAAGCACCGUCGCACAAUCUUCACGCCGACACCCGCCUCUUCGACUCCCCCGGCCUGUCCCGAUUCCUGCACAACGUCAUUGUACUGUAAGUAACACGCAGCGCAGCGCCCUUGCAUUAGCACCAAAAGCACUCUCCUACACAAAGUCGUCGGGUCCGCUUCCGUCCUUUUGCGAAGCCGUUCCCCAGGUCGGAUACCGCGGCCUCACACUGUUCAAUCUGGUCUUCCAGCCGCGGACCCCGGCGCAACAUCCUUUAUAUCAAACACGCCUUUGGGAUCGCAAUUAGGGCCCGGCUACUGCUGCCAAACCACAAGGGCUAGCAACGGUCGAACAAGCCGUACCUGCCCAAAGUGGGCGGGUGUCCGCCGCAAGCCGGUCCUGCUCGGCGCCAACCGGGUCGGGCGCCACCGGAGACGAGAGGACCGCGCAGCUGCUCCAGCUGGUUUGCGCGCACUGGCAGAGUACCGAUUGGCAGCUGGCGCAGGUGUCAAACAGCUGGUGGCUGUGUGUGUGAACGGGGUGUCCUUUUGUUCAAUCCGUUCUUUCCUUCCCUGGUUUUUUGGAACUUUUUGUCAGCUUCACCACUGGCAAUCUGUUUUAUAUGCGUCUUUUUUCUUCCCUUGUUCGCUUCCUUGCCAACGUCACCUGCAUCAGCUGCGCCAGGUACAAUGUGAUUUGAGAAAAAAAAAACCUGAGACUGACCAAUUAUCUGUAGGCUUAUUCGUCCAACUUUGGCAGCAGCUCCAGCUCCAGCAACCGACCCCCGCUGCAAACUCCCCACUACAGGCGCUACAACAGCCCACUACCACGCUGUAGUAGCCCGCCCACCUUUGCCUGCUGAGCAGCCCAGCCAACCGCGCGCCUUGUGUCAUCACCCCCCGAAGCCGCCUGGACGAGUCAAAAAAGAUUUACAGCCCAUCAUGGCCCCUUCCACUUCUUCCUCUUCUUCAUCCUCCCUCGCCCGCCUCAACAACAUCGCAAACCACAUCUCUCCCGCCAUGUCUACUACCAAUUUCCCCGAAAGCGUCGUCCCUCAGGCUCCUGAGGAUGGCAUGUUCGGUCUUACUCGCGCCUUCAGAGCCGAUACUGACGCCCUGAAAGUCGAUCUUGGUGUCGGUGCCUACCGCGAUAACGAUGCUAAGCCCUGGGUUCUCCCCGUCGUAAAAAAGGCCGAUGAAAUUCUCCGCAACAAUGCUGCCCUCAACCACGAAUAUGGCCCUAUCGCUGGUACUCCCGAUUUCACCUCCAAGGCUGCUGAGCUCAUGCUCGGCGCCGACUCCCCCGCCAUCAAGGAGAAGCGUGUGACCUCUGUCCAGUCCAUCUCCGGUACCGGUGCCGUCCACUUCGGCGCUCUCUUCCUUGCCAGAUUCUACAAGGCUGGUGCCAAGGUUUACGUCUCCAACCCUACAUGGGCUAACCACAAGCCCAUCUUCGAGAAUGUCGGUUUCCAAUGCGUCGACUACCCUUACUUCGACAAGCAGACCCGCGGCCUCGACUUUGAGGGCAUGAAGCGCGGUAUCCAGGAGGCUCCCGAGGGCUCCAUCAUUCUUCUUCACCCUUGCGCCCACAACCCUACUGGUGUCGAUCCUACGCUCGACCAGUGGAAGGAGCUUGCCACCAUCAUCCGCAGCAAGAACCACUUCCCCUUCUUCGACUGCGCCUACCAGGGCUUCGCCAGUGGCAGCCUUGCCCGUGACGCUGCCUCUGUUCGCUACUUCAUCGAACAGGGCUUUGAGCUUGUCGUUGCUCAGAGUUUCGCCAAGAACUUUGGUCUCUACGGUGAGCGUGCCGGCUGCUUCCACCUUGUCACUGGUCCCAGCCCCCAGGCUGAGGCUACCAUCACCAGAAUUAGCUCUCAGCUCGCCCUUCUUCAGCGUGUUGAGAUCUCCAACCCUCCUCUGUACGCCGGCCGCAUUGUUUCUACUGUCCUGAACGAUGAGAAGCUCUUUGCCGAGUGGGAGGAGAACCUCCUCACCAUGUCCAACCGUAUCAAGGAUAUGCGCGCUGCUCUGCGCUCCAAGCUUGAGGCCCUCAACACCCCUGGAACCUGGAACCACAUCACAGAUCAGAUUGGCAUGUUCAGCUUCACUGGUCUUAACCCUGAUCAGGUCAAGAAGCUCCGUGACGAGUACCACAUUUACAUGACCACCAACGGCCGUAUCAGCAUGGCCGGUCUUAACACCUCCAACGUUGAACGUGUUGCCGAGGCCUUCUGCAAGGUUGUUAGCGAAUCCCAGUAAAUAUUUGUGACCCCUUUGCCAUACCAAAAAGCACCCAUCAAUGGAGACGAACGAGAAUGAAAGAAACAAAAGAAAAAUUAAAGCAUCCCAAUCUGCGCCCUGGAGAUGACUGCGACGCUGUCAUGGUGGUUUCCAAGCAGCUGUAUGAAUUAUAAUGAAGACAAAACCAACAGGGUUGGGAACAACUCCGGCAGUAUUAGCCGUCCCUACAUAGAUACACAUCCUUUUUGGUUAUUAAUAGAAUCGUGAUUGGAUUAUCAUCUGUAUUGAAGAACAGUAUCUCUAUCUGUACCUGGAUC